UUCUCCCAAAUCUCCCUCCUCAAAUUUUUUCCUUAAACCAUCAAAAAGGCAAAAACACAAAACCCACAAACAAAAAAAAUCACUCUCUCUCUCUAAUCUCUCUCUUUCAUCAUUCAUCAUGCCUUUUCUUCAAAACAAUUUCACACAAUUUUCACAUUUGCUUUUCUUAUUCCUCCUCUGUUUUUUACAGUGUAAAUUUGCUACUUCUUCCAUGUCUAUUCACGAUCUACUAAAAUCAAAAGGAUUACCAGCUGGACUUCUUCCUAAAGAAGUGAAAUCUUACAAUUUAUCAGAUUCUGGUUUUCUUCAAGUUUUUUUAGAUGGGCCUUGUUUGGCUAAAUUUGAUACUAUGGCUUUAUAUGAUAGUGUUGUAAGAGCAAAUCUCACUUAUGGUUCACUUGGUGCUGUUGAAGGAUUUUCUCAACAAGAGCUUUUUGUUUGGUUACCUGUUAAAGGAAUUGUGGUUGAUAAUCCUUCAUCUGGUCUUAUACUUUUCGAUAUUGGUUUGGCUCAUAAACAACUCUCUCUUUCACUUUUUGAAGAUCCUCCUAAUUGCAAACCAGAUGGUGUUUUGAAGAAGAAUGGUAGGAAGGAGAAGGGAUUUGAAGAUCAAUAAUAAAGAAAUGUCCAUUUUGGAAAAUUAUUAAAUAUCCAUAAUAAUUAUGGAUUUUGUGGGUGGGUGGGUGGGGGGUUUAAGUACAAAUUACCAUGGCUUGAUUAUAGGUUUAUUUUAGACUCUAAAUGAGAUUUGGGGAUGCGGCUGUAAAGAUUUUGGGUUUAUCAAAAUAUCUUUUUUCCUAUUUU